GCUCACAAAACAAAAUAACCCAAAACCUCUAAACCUCUUUGGUGUCUUGCAUAUUGAGCUAGUAGCAUAAUAGCAUAUGCAUACAUCUGUUUUGCUAUUACAGCAAGAAGUUUUCUAGAGUGAAAAAUAGUCACGGGUUUGAUCCAACCGUCGCACGAACCUAUACUAAUUUGCAUCGAUUCGGGUUAGAUUUUUCAUUCAAUCUAUACUAAUUUGCAUCGAUUCGGGUUAGAUUUUUCAUUCGGCUAGUGAUAAUGCCCAAGACUGCUCCCUUUUCUUCAUGGCCUUGGGAAAGUUUUGGGAUUUUCAAGUAUAUAUUACUUGGACCGUUGGUCGGAAAAGUUCUGUAUUCAAGACUACAAGCAGAUGAUGAUCUUGCAAGCAAUUGGUGGUUCCACCUUCUCUUGAUAACCAUUCUUAGAUUUCAUCUAUAUGCAUGGUAUACUAAUUUUUGUAACAUGCUUUGGCUCACCCGAAAUCGUCGCAUUAUACAGCACAGCGUUGACUUUGACCAAAUCGACAAAGAAUGGGAUUGGGACAAUUUCAUAAUAUUGCAAGCUUUGAUAGCUUCAUCAUGUAUUUGCAUGUUCCCUCAUAAUUUUGCCAACUUGCCUGUCUGGGAAACCAAAGGGCUUGUUACCAUUGUUGUGAUGCAUGUGCUUGUUUCAGAACCACUUUACUAUUGGGUGCAUAGAUUCUUACAUGGAGAUUACCUUUUUACCCCUUAUCAUUCUUUACACCAUUCAUCAACUGUACCUCAACCUGUCACAGUUGGAAGCACCACAUUCUUAGAGGAGUUAUUAGUUACCACUGUGCUUGGACUACCGAUACUUGGUUGUAGUUUGUCUGGUUACGGAUCGAAAACCAUAAUAUUUGGCUAUGUUCUUGUCUUUGAUUUCUUACGAUGUUUCGGCCAUUCAAACGUUGAGAUCAUGCCUCAUUGGAUUUUCGACCGCUUUCCAAUCUUCAAAUAUAUUCUCUACACCCCAUCAUACUACAGCAUACACCACAGUGAGAUGAAGACCAACUAUUGCCUGUUUAUGCCUCUCUAUGAUGCCAUUUGGAACACUUUAGACACAAACUCUUGGGUAUUACAGAAGAAAAUAACUCUAGAUGCAGGUAAGUCGAGUAGGGCGCCGGAUUUUGUGUUCUUGGCACAUGUGGUGGAUAUGACAUCUUCAUUGCACGCCCCCUUUGUCGUCAGAUCAUUUGCAUCAAUGCCUUACAGAGCUAGGCUUUUCUUGCUUCACCUAUGGCCAGGUGCAUUCCUCUUGAUGCUCGUGAUGUGGGCGCGAUCCAAGACAUUCCUUGUGUCAUUUUACCACUUACGAGGAAGAUUGCACCAAACAUGGGCUGUUCCUCGCUUUGGAUUCCAGUAUUUCUUGCCAUUCGCUAGCCAAGGCAUUAACAAACAUAUUGAGGACGCCAUUCUAAGGGCCGACAAGUUGGGUGUCAAGGUCAUUAGUCUUGCUGCUUUAAACAAGAACGAAGCACUUAACGGAGGUGGAACAUUGUUCGUGAAUAAGCAUCCCAAUUUGAAAGUACGUGUAGUCCAUGGGAAUACACUGACUGCUGCCGUUAUCCUCAACGAGAUUCAUGAAUCCGUUAAAGAAGUGUUCCUCACUGGAGCCACUUCAAAGCUUGGACGAGCCAUCGCACUUUACCUUUGCCGACGAGGUGUACGCGUUCUUAUGCUGACUCUAUCAACAGAGAGAUUUCAAAAUAUCAAAGAAGAAGCACCAACAAAUUGCCAGAAGAAUUUAGUUCAAGUCACCAAAUACCAAGCAGCAAAAAAUUGCAAGACAUGGGUGGUUGGAAAAUGGAUAACGCCUAGAGAGCAAAGAUGGGCGCCACCAGGAACUCAUUUUCACCAGUUUGUGGUGCCGCCCAUCUUGGCUUUUAGAAGGGACUGCACUUAUGGCGACCUUGCCGCCAUGAAACUUCCUGAUGACGUUGAAGGGCUUGGAUCGUGUGAGUAUACUAUGGGAAGAGGAAUAGUGCAUGCAUGUCAUGCAGGAGGGGUUGUACAUAGCUUGGAAGGAUGGACUCACCAUGAAGUAGGUGCUCUUGAUGUGGACCGGAUUGAUGUUGUUUGGAAAGCUGCUAUAAAACAUGGUCUUCAACCUGUUUCUAGUCUUUCCAAAUGAAAAGUUUUUCAUAUGUUUAUGGAUUCACACUAUACAAAUUAAUAUUAUGUAAACUUCCUAUCAAAAUGUGUUGAACUAAAUUACUAUUAUGUAACCAGCGUGCACCAAUUUUUUUAAUUUGCAACUUUUAACUCUUUAACUUUUAA